CGGAACCGGAAACCGGACAGAUCUCGGUGUGAAGAUGAACGCGCCUCCUGCCUUCGAGUCUUUUCUUCUGUUUGAAGGAGAAAAAAAGAUCAGCAUCAGCAAAGACACCAAAGUCCCGAACGCGUGUUUGUUCACCCUGAACAAGGAAGACCACACCGUGGGAAACAUCAUCCGAGCCCAGCUACUUAAGGAUCCCCAGGUUCUGUUUGCUGGUUAUAAAGUUCCUCAUCCUCUGGAACACAAGAUCGUCAUCAGAGUCCAAACCACACCUGACUACAGCCCGCAGGAGGCCUUCACCAACGCCAUCACAGACCUGAUCAGCGAGCUGUCCCUGCUGGAGGAGCGCUUCAGAGUCGCCAUCAAAGACAAGCAGGAGGGCAUCGAGUGACCCCGCCCACCCAUGACAUCAUCACCUGCUCAUGUCAAUAAAGUUUGUGAUGUCACA